CCCGUAGGAAGUUAUUGCAUUACUGUAAGAUUGCAUUGGCAUGCAAAGAAGAAAAAGUAUAUCUACACGGAUAUCGCCGUUCUGGUCAUCCGAACACUCUAAACACAGGGUGACACGCAAGGACAUGAUGGUCUAUUCUUCCGGGGUAUCGAGCAAUCCCAAACUCCAGCUCUCAUCCAGAGAUACUGUGGAGUGUGAAUAUGAGAGGAAAAGGAAACAUUGAAGGGAAAGAGAAAGGGAAGUAAAGAGAGGACAAGAGAGGUGAAGGAAAAGCAAAAGAG